AUGUCAAAUGUCGUCAUUAUUUUGCGUUUUUGCUAUGAAUUUUACGCGAUUUCUCUUCUUAGAGAUGCAAAGAUAAAGAAAUCACAAGCAGCCAGCCUUUUUUUUAAAAAGACCAGCCUCCUCCAUCAUCCUAAUCACCAUGCCAACCAGACAAUUUUGCCUCCUGCUAAUCAUCAUCACACGCCCUAUCCACCUUUGACGCCCGUUGCGCCAGGCAUGCACUACGCGUCGAUUGCAACGUCUAGCUCAAUUUCAGCCGUCAGUAACAAUAGCUUAACGAGCUCUGGUGGUGGUAGCCAGGGCGGCGGUGGAGCACUUUCGAUCCCAGACAUUUAUCCCUCCGGAGCGGGUCUCAUCACGAAUCCCAUGGGCUUUUCUUCUUCAGGCGCUGGCCUCGGAACAGUAGUCGCAAGUGGUCUUUAUCCAGGACUGGCGGCAAAGUCUCAGAGUCCUAGCUCUUAUCACCUCCAUCUUCACCACUCCCAUGCCCACUCUAACAACCACCAACACCAUCACAUCCAGCAUUCAAACCAUUACACGCAUCACCAUCAAAUUAACUAUCAAAGCCAGCAUUCGCUUCUCCUGCCACACCAUAAUCAUUCGCACCUUGGCCUCUUGCUCAAUAGCUCUGGUACCAACAAUGCUUUGCUAGGACAUAAGAAAUCUGUGCCUGCCCAUCUUGCCGCAAGUGGUGGAGGAGCAACUGGUUUUGGUGCCAGUGGCUUUGCGAAUUCUGCCUGGGGAAGUACUGCUGCUGGUACGGCUGUUUCCGGGUCAGUUUGCUCCAAUAAUAAUAGUGGUGUCGUUACCGGAACAAAUCCAAGCGGAUCAUAUUUAGCUGGGCUUUUUGCCGCACGACAGGGUGGCGAAGGACGUAACACACCAGCUAUCCUAUCUAUGAACAGUCUAGGUGUUCAAAGCAGUGGCCACACUACUUCGUCCUCAUCAAUGGCGAUGGCAACAUCUACAGGGACACUGGCAACAGUGCCCACCGGACCGAUAACUUCUAACGACGACCAGUUUAUGCUACCUGAACUGAAGGGCAGUGAACGUAAGUAUUCAGUCCACUGUAGCCUCUAA